UAGCUGAAAGGGAGACUGAAAGACUUAUACAGUAGUUCAACAAAAGUCACAUACUUCAGGAUACUUGCUGCAGAGCUGACCUUCUAGGAAAGAGUUGGCAUUCCCAUGAGCAAUGGAGAAAAUCUAUGACAAUGCUGUUGAUGUCAAAACCCUAAGCUCAAGAUCAUCAACAAUACAAGAAGGUCCCAGGAGACUUCUCAGAGCGCCUGUUCUCGGUCUGGGGCUGCUGAGUGUUUUCCUGCUGGCUGGACUCAUCGGCCUCGCUGUCCACUACCAUAACUCAGUAGGUGGUGCCGCUGCAGAUUUAUCCGCUGUCAAAGCAGACCUGACCUCAGUGACUGAAGAGAGAGACAACCUGACUGAGCGUCUCCAGGCCAGAGAUCAGCUGAUCAACCAGCUGAAGGACAACCUCACUGAGCGUCUCCAGGCCAGAGAUCAGCUGAUCAACCAGCUGAAGGCCAACCUCACUGAAAAGACCAGAGACGUGGAGUGUUUGAAGAAAAUGUGUCCUGAAGGAUGGAGGAAGUUUGGUAGUUCCUGUUAUCUCUUCUCUACUGAGAAAGCUUCUUGGGAACAAAGCAGACAAGACUGCACAGCCAGAGGAGCAGAUCUGGUGAUCGUAGACAGUGAGGAAGAACAGGGAUUCAUCACUAGCAUGACUAAGAAAAGCACUUGGAUUGGUUUGAGUGACAGAGAAGAGGAGGGGACCUGGAAAUGGGUGGAUGGAUCUCCACUGAAUCUGACGCUUUGGGAAGAAACACAGCCGGAUAAUGGAGCAGAGAGGACACACUGUGCAUACAUCAGUCCCUCCGCCUGGUGGAACGACCAGUCCUGUGAGGACCUUCUGCCUUGGAUCUGUGAGAAAGAAGCUUAACAUUGGUGUCUGUUUGGAUACUAAACAUGCAAUCAUGCUUUUACAAUUUAGUUUAAAUCGAGUUAUUUAAAACUAUACAAAAUGCCUGAUUUCAUGAAUAAGAAUUACUUUGCUCGAAUUGAUAAAUCACAUUUAUUUAGUGUUUUUGUUUAGGAUUAAUAUCAGUAAUAAAUAAAUAGUAAUUUAAUUAGUUUUUGCCAACUUUUGUUUGCCUCAAUUAAAUUAGUAUUUGUAUUAAUCCUUUUACAUAUCUUAUGUAACGUUCUUAUGAACUGGAAAGUCAGAAAGCCCAACUGCUUCAAUUGAAAUAGAUGGCUGGAGGACUUCCUAAACAUCUUCAGUAUGGACGAAGCUGCUUUCUCCCUGUUAUAUUUGGUUAAGCCAGACAACAGGCAUUUGGAUAAGAUAAGGGCUUUCCUGGACUCAAACCAUCUCGGCUGCCAAUAAUAAAUAUAAUAAUUAUAAUAAUAUUAAUUAAUAAAUAAAGAGAAAUAAGCUAUGAAGAAACAGAAAAAUAAUGGUAAUAAUAAUGAAAGAAGUGAAAUUAAAUGGGAAAUGUAUUUAUUUGACUAUUUAUCUAUUUAUUUAUUUAUGAUAAAUGUUUUGUUUUAUAAUAAUAAUGAGGAAACAAUGAAGUAUAUCUAUAUUAUUAAGCAAAUCAUGUAUAAAUACAACGCCAUAUGCAUACAUAACAUGUAACUGACACUGUAAUCCCCCUACCCCCCCACCCUUCAUGUUAUUGUCCUGUUCUGUUUGAGCCGUGUCCUUGUCCGUAUGUUUUUGUCUUUGAAAAUGUCUAAUAAAAUGUAAAUGUUAAAUCCUUUUACCCAUCAACAUAAAAACAGCUUAUUAAAAACAUCUGCUGAUCAGCCCACAGUUCCUGAAAGUUAUAAUAUUGAAGGUGACUUAAUGAGCA